CAGAGGAGGGGAAUUGUAGAGAAGGACGGAUAGAGGAAGAGGAGGAGGUGAAAAUCUGAAUAAGAAAGCAACUCCUCCCGCUUCCUCGAGCUGCCCUCAGACCGGACAGCAGCAACAGCAGCAGAAAGCACCAAUUAGCAGGAAAAUCACGUUCGUAUUUGGAUUUAACUCACCGUGAAUGACCGAGACUUCCCCGGACCAUCGACAGUGUGUCUCCCCUCUGAACCGACCGACAUGCUUUCCCCGGGACUCUCCGUGUCUUUGCUGGCCGUGUCCUGCGCGCUGUGGCCGGCUGCGGUCCGGGCGGCGUCCUGUGAGUCGGUGCGUAUCCCUCUGUGCCGAUCCAUGCCCUGGAACAUGACCAAAAUGCCCAACCACCUCCACCACAGCACGCAGGACAAUGCAGUGCUGGCCAUCGAGCAGUUUGAAGGACUGCUGGGUACUGGCUGUAGUCCGGAUUUGCUCUUCUUCCUGUGUGCCAUGUAUGCUCCCAUUUGCACCAUUGACUUCCAGCAUGAGCCCAUAAAACCCUGUAAGGCAGUGUGUGAGCGGGCGAAGUACGGCUGUGAGCCAGUGAUGAAGCGUUACAACCACAGCUGGCCCGAUAGCCUGGCCUGUAGUGAGCUGCCGCUGUACGACCGUGGAGUCUGCAUCUCACCUGAGGCCAUCGUCAAGGCAGAGGGACCAGACCCAUACUACCAGGACCCAGCCAAGUGUAAUCCAGAAUCCAGUCCAGACUUUCCAAUGGACUCCAACAACCUCCACUGCAGAGGACCAAAUGGAGAUCGCUGUAGAUGUAAGACAGUAAAAAUGGGUUUGAAAACCUACCUGAAGAACAACUACAACUACGUGAUCAGGGCGAGGGUGAGGGAAGUGAGGAAUCGUGGUCUGGAGCCCACAGCAGUGGUGGAGGUAAAGGAGGUGCUCAAGUCUUCUCUGGUCAACAUUCCCAAAGAGACACAGACACUCUACUACUCGUCCUCCUGCCUAUGUCCUCCUCUGUCUCCUGGGGAAGAAUACCUCAUUAUGGGCUACGAGAACGAGGAAACAUCUAGGUUGCUCCUGAUUGAUGGCUCCAUUGCCCAGAAGUGGAAAGACAAAAUGAGCAGGAAGGUCAAGAGAUGGGAUCAGAUCCUGCAGGGGAAAGGCCGAGCAACUCAGCGCCGGAAUCGCCACUGAGAUCUGACUGUGUGUGCGUGCAUGUGCGUGUGUGUGUGUGUGUGUGUGUGUGAGUGUGUGUGUGUAGAUAUUGCACUAUCACAGGCUGUUGUAGCUGGAUGUAGUCCAUCUCUUCAUCUAUCAGACUGUAUGGAGUCUGAUUUUUAUCAUUUAUUUUCUUUGCACAAACAUUAUUUAGUGUGCCUUUAGUUUGUGUGUGUUUAUCAGCUUGUACAUGUGUGUGUGUUUGUAUUUGGGGUGUGUGUAUAUGUGUGUUUAUGUGUGUGUGUGUGUGUGGGUAUGCACUUAAAGCACUCAAUAAAGACCAGAGAGGGAGUAGAGCUUCAAAGCUGUAGUACUAAACCUAUGCACAGCCAUACAUUAUGCAUAAUUUCAUGAACAAAUUUCUUUUCAGUGGUGUACAUAUUGGUUCCACAGCUCCUCUCCACAGUCAGCAGGCUUUAAUAAACCUGGAAGUUGGUCAUAUUACUGUGGAAAUGUGGUGGAUGACAUCUAAAUGAGAUGGCAAUUUGGACUACAACAUUUUGGACUAUAGACAACGACAAACUGUUAAAUAGGAAAUCUACACACACACACAUAUCAUUAUAUAUAUAUAUUUGUGUGUGUGUGAUAAAUCUGUGUGUGUGUGUGUGUGUGUGUGUGUCUAAGUAUAUAUGUAUACACACAAACACCCUGCUGUUUGAUUGAUAUGAUGGAAAAGGUAUGAUCACGUUACACUUCAGACCUAUGAAUAUUUGCUCCAUCUCUCCCAAUAUAUUCUGUUGAAACCUACAUGACAGGCAAAUUCAGGCAUGCGUUUCCUGUUUCAGGUCAGUCUCCAGCCGGCUCCACUGGAGUGCAAAUAGCCAGUAAAAACACUGAUGCAAUGUGUUGUCACUCUGAUUAAUAUUUAUUACUUGCAUCAGAGGCAUUCACUGAAUGGAAAAGUAAUGUGACCAUGCCUUAACAUUGUGGAACAUCACUUUAAACAUUUUACUAGUUGAAAUGUGGAGACCCACUGGAAGCAAGUUAAUCCUGUGACACUGCCUUUUUACACUUGUUGCUGUGUCAACAAUUGUAAAUGUUGCAAAUAUUGUUGGCAAGCAUUGAGUACAUAUGCAACAUAACACUGUCUCCAGUAAUUUACAAGGCUUGCCCUGUCUUUGCAAAAGAUGAAUUCCAGAAAGUAUGACAAUGAUCUCUUCCACACUAAAAAGUAAAUUAAGGGCAUGUGUGUCGCACACCAAAUGCGUAAUACUCACAGAAGAUGUCAUUGAGGUAGGAUAGUAAAAGGGUGAUCCAGGAAAUUAAAAUAAUAAAAUUACUGAUGUGUCAAGCCGCAUUAAGAAGCGAGUGUUUUGACUCAAUUUUUCUUUUUCAGCAGCAUGUCAAAGCAAAGCUGACCUCAUUUGUCUUGUUAAGCCUUCCCUUUUCAGUUCUGCUGCUCUAAGGAAGUAGAGUAGAGGUUUUAGAGGUUCUGGUUUUUACCCAUAUGAAUGAGCUCUGAGAACUGUCUAGCAGACUCUGGUGUCUGGAGGAAACCAGGAUAGAUAUUAAUUUUGAAUCCAGUAAAGUUAUUUCAAAUGGCUUUUUCACAGCAAACAUUUUGACGUGUCAUAAUAGGAAACAUAGCCAUUAGCCAUUAAGAAAGACUCUGUUCUAAGUGUCACAGUGAGCCAUGGCAGUGUGUCAGCCAGCCAGCGUGCACAACACAAGGACCCUGAAACUGAAGCAGGCCAAUGGAAUUCAUCCAUCCAUCCAUUAUCUUUACACCGCUGAAUCCUUUUGCAGGGUCACGGGGGGGUUGGAGCCUAUCCCAGCCGUCUCUCGGGCGAAG